AUGCUCAAGGUUCUGAAGGAGGAGCUCGGCAUGGAGGGUAAUCGGGAACGAAAUGUUAAAGUUUUGGAGAUGGUUAAGUUGACUAAGUCGACUAAAGGUCGAGGUAGAGAGAGGAGGAGACCACCUGUUGCAGUUGCAGUGAAGCAGUUCCUACUUGUGGCUCUUGGUUUGUUGCUCGUUCCAACAAGCUCCCGGAUCUACACUUUUUUUUGCAGCUAUUGGUUUGAACCAAGGGUGGAUAACCUAUGCUUGGCUGUCCCUAAGGCGAAGCUAUAUGGUGUGGCUCCCGUGUUGCUGUCGAGAGAAGAAGUCCGAUCUCGCUUCUUUCCAGGACAUGGCAGGAGGGAGUGGGAAUCAGGAACAAGCAGCUCAGCUCUUCAUACAGCUUCUCCGUGGUUAUACACGACAGAAUGGUGGGAGGAAACAGACUUGGAGUCCCUUGAUACCGACGAGAUUAAGGUACUGCAGUGCUUGACUGAAAAAGUGAUGCAUAAGUGGGAUUCAUGGCGGGAAAGUGUCCGAAGGGUUGCCAUUAAGCGCCAGCAAGACAAGAAUUGA